UGUUUUUCAGUUCUCCCGUUUUGAUGUCACCAUCUCUUCUCCACCACCACUAGUGUCGUCAUCCCCACCACACCACCAGUGCAAUCCUUAGCACUAACGACAUUAAUAAUUAACUUUUGUACACUGCAAUAAAAUUUAUGACCGUAUGUCUAAAAAAACUGUGAUUGUAUGUUGAAUGGUGUGAAAGGGAUGUCGGAGUUAGGUUGGAACGGCAGAGUGCGUAGACAACGUUGAAUGUUUGGGUCGACGAUAGUGGGGUUUCCUUUCCGGCAUAUGCAAAAGAUACCAGUGGAACAAUGAACAACUUCUCCAUAAUUUUGAGAUGUGGUUGAAGGAACAUAAUAUGGGGUGGGGGUUAUGAGAAGUUUCAAUCUCAAAAUCUCAAAAUAAAGAAAUUAAGAGAAUUACACACACUAGUGUUUAUAAGGUGGUGGUGACAUUUGUGGUUCGUUUAAGUGAGUUUUGCUUCAGUUUGUUUUUUCAAACCCUAAAGUUAGACGAUCCAUUUUCAUCUUCGGACCCUUUUGAUUUCCCGCCAUAACAGAGACAACCUAAAAUCAUAUUGUUCUCUCUCUGUCUCUCUCUCUCUCGGUGCCAACAACUCACUUCUCUAUCUGGUGAGCAUCUGCGUUUUCUCUCCUACUCCUCUCUCUCUCUCUCUCUCUCCAUAGCAGAUUCUAAUGGCUCCUUCUUCUCCGAGCAAUACUGGUUCGCAGCCUACUUCAACCACAGAGAAUGAUAUUCAGCCAUUCUUUGUUCUUCAUAAAGCUUCACCUCGGAGAAAAGAUAGAACAUCAGUAUGGCAGGGAAAAUGUCGCAAGAGAAAUGAGCUUUCUCCUUCUCGGAGUGCAAAGAAACUGAAAUUAAGUACAGCUGAUGAUUGUGAUGGCCAUUUGGAUCAGAAACUACAGAUUGAAACUUUUGAGAUUGUUUGGACAAAGAUUGAAUCAACCAUUAAGGAUGUCUUGAGAGAUCUUAAUGAUAGUGUAUUCAGUAAUAUACAACAAUGGAUUGUUGAGUGCUUCAGGACUACAACAUUGAUCGGAGAACCUAGCAUUGCUGAAGCAACUCGGUCUUUUCCUCUUCUAAAUAAUACUACUCCUGGGAAGUUGAACAGUGCAUUUGUUAUUAGCAGAAACAUAGAGUUCGUUGAUGACGUAUUGACAUUUGAAGAGCUUGGUCUUUUCUUGAAAUCCCAUGGAUGUCAUGUGGCUAUGCUUUCAUCAAUGGAGUUUUCGUUAAAAAAUGGAAUUGCUGGUUGCUUGAAAGCUUUAUUGCGAGGGUUUCUAGGGAGUGCUUUUGACCCAGCUGAUAUAUCGACCUUAGCAUCGUGGUAUAGAGAACAAGGCAACUACAAUAAACCACUGGUAUUGAUCAUCAAUGAUUUGGAAAGGUGUUGUGGAUCAGUCUUAACUGAUUUUAUCCUAAUGUUGAGUGAAUGGGUUGUCAAGGUGCCAAUCAUCUUAGUAUUUGGAGUUGCAACGACAGUGGAUGCCCCUAGAAAUAUUUUUCCAUCACAUGCUCUUGAGUGUUUGUGCCCUUCUACAUUUAUGCUUGUAACACCAGCUGAAAGAAUGGAUGCAAUUGUUGAGGCUGUUCUUGUAAAACAUUGCACCACAUUUAAUAUUGGUCAUAAAGUGGCGCAAUUAUUGAGAAACUACUUCAUCAAUCAGGAUGGGACAGUUACAUCUUUUAUAAGAGCUUUGAAGGUAGCAUGCUUAUUACAUUUCUCUAUGGAACCUCUGAGUCUCAUACAAGGGAGAAUUCUAGCUGAUGACCAGGAGGGCACAUCUGGAUUAUCACCUGAGACUAUGCUGAAAUACAUGGAUGAACUUCCAUUGUAUGCAAGGAAUAAAAUGGUUGAUCAGACAAAGAAGAGCAUGGCUGAGGGUUUGUCAGAAUUGGCGACAGUGCAGAAACUAUGGAGCACUGUGGUUCUCUGCCUAUACGAGGCUGGAAAAUAUAGCAGAGUGCAGCUGCUGGAUUUGUUUUGCGAAGCACUUAAUCAUGUUUUGUCUCCAUCAAGGGAUUCUGUUUGUCAUACAAGGGAUGAUAAAGACCAUGGGUUGUCCGCAAUAAAUGAUUCCUCUCAGCAAUAUUCCAUCAUGCAAAGUGGAGGUUUUAUUUGCCAGAUAGUACGCAGAGUGAGGGAUCUCCCUUCAGGAAAGCUAGAGCAAUUGAUUGAGAGUUGGGAUAAACUUACUGCAGAUAUUUCAGAGAUUCACGAGAAACUGAAAAUAUUGCAAUCUUCAGUAAGAUGUCAAGAUGAACAGAGUGCACACAGGAGUUCGAAGGAUACCGAGAGAAGUGUAUCCAGGGUUUCAGUAGACAUUGACAAGGACUCAAGAAUGUCAAACUUGCAAGCCGUCACAUUUCUUGAUGAUUUAGUAAGAAAUUAUCUGAGGCCCAUUGAAGGAAUGCCUUUCCAUGAAAUUUUCUGCUUCAAGAAUGUUGAGAAGCUUCAAUUGGUUUUGAUCGGGGAUCCAAGGAGAAGGAUUCAAGUUGAUCUUUUGGAGUUCCAUAAUAUUUUACGUUGCAGUUGCUGUAACAAGAGUAGCAAUGCUCUUUUGCCAUCCAUGCAUGAUUCCUCAAUUAUGUAUUCGCUGGCUCAAGAGCAUGGAGAUCUUAUCAAUCUUCAUGACUGGUUCCAGUCAUUUAGAACAAUUGUUCUUCAACUUACAAAUAAAAGGAAACAAAAAUCAAAACAGACCCCCCUACCCAAGAAGAGAAAAGACAUGAAUGGAUCUGGAGACCAAAACGAAGCUGCAAUUCAAGCACGAUUUUGCAGGGGAGUUACAGAGCUGCAGAUCACUGGGCUAGUUAGAAUGCCUAGCAAGAGACGUCCGGAUUUUGUACAAAGAAUAGCAUUUGGACUUUGAUCAUAUAAUUCACUACUUUACUCCAUGUGAUUUAUUAUUUUUCAUGGAUGUUUGGUAAAGUUCAUAUUUCCUUUUCAACAUCUUAUUUGUUUUUUUGUAAAUUAUUGCCAAGUAAUAGAUAAGUUAUUCUAAAAAGUAACCAUUUAUUGAAAGGCAGUAUAAAUAUAUUGAACCGUGCAACAUAAUAUUAUGCGGUCAUGCAGCAACCUCCUUGGUUUUUA